AUGGCUUACCCUCAAUUAAAUGAAUUUGUAAAAAUGGGAAAGAAAGUUAUUGGAGCUGGUAUUAAUUACAGGUCUUUAAUCGAAUCCAGAAAUCUUCCAUUUCCCAAAGAACCAAUUAUUUUUUUAAAAUGUUCUUCAUCUUACAUUACAGAGGGACAAAGCAUUAUUGUACCUCAAGGAUUUAAUAUUAAUCAAGAAGUAGAAUUAGGAGUUAUAAUCGGAGUAAAAGGUAAAAAUAUUGAAGAAUGCAAUGCAUACAAUCAUGUUGGAGGUUAUUGUCUUGCACUUGAUAUGACAAAUGCUGAUUAUAUGGCGAAAUCAAGAAAGGAAGGCUUGCCUUGGGCUUUGGGAAAAGCUUUCGACACAGCUUGUCCAGUGAGUCGUUUUGUCGAUAAAUGUGAAUUACCCAAUCCAGAUAAUGUCAGAAUAUUUAGUAAAGUUAAUAAUGAGCUUAAACAGGUUUGUGCAAUUAUUCUUACAAAUCUUCAUUUUACUAUUCCAAAGUUAAUUAGUUUUAUAUCACAAUAUAUGACAUUAGAACCAGGAGAUCUAAUUUUAACUGGGUCCCCAUCUGGAGAAGGGCCUGUCAAACCUGGUGAUUUAAUUGAAUGUGGAUUGGGAAACAUUUUGACAAUGAAAUUUUCAGUAAAAUCAUCUUGA